AUGGGAGAAACUCGAGCCCCGACAGUUGUGACGGUGACGGGGACGGGGAAAGUUUGUCCCCGCGGGGACGGGGAUGGAGAGCCGUUCCCCGACGGGGAAUUCCCCGUUGCCAUCUAUAGUUCUCCUCGAUCUCGACUUGGCCUUGCAUCUGCGUUUGCUCCGCCUCUCGCCGGCAGCUGGCAGAGAUCUCUUAGCCAUGAAGCAAAGGAAGUGUUCCUUGCAGCUCUCGUCAGUGAAGGUCGUGCGGAGUGGAUGGACAAAGGUCACAAGAAGUGCCUAAUUCUUUGGCUAAGGAUACAGGAUUGGGCCAAUUUCAUAUUAAACUUUGUAAAGGAUAACGGGUUGGAAGUAAUGACUAUCGAAGAAAUACGCUCUGGGAUUGAUACACGUGGAACUGAACUUGAGGGAAUUGAUCGUGGUGUUCUCAUGCGGGCUCUGCGGCAGUUGGAGCAAAAGGGAAAAGCAGCUAUCUUCAAAGGCACUUCGGCCGAUGACGAAGGAGGGCACAGGAAGGGGGAGAUGGCGUCAAAGAGGAUUCAGAAGGAGCUCAAGGAUCUGCAGAAGGACCCUCCCACCUCGUGCAGUGCAGGUCCUGUUGGUGAAGAUAUGUUCCACUGGCAGGCAACAAUAAUGGGUCCAUCUGAUAGCCCAUAUUCUGGUGGAGUUUUCCUAGUUACAAUCCAUUUUCCUCCUGAUUAUCCUUUCAAACCACCAAAGGUGGCAUUCCGCACCAAGUUGUUCCAUCCAAACAUCAACAGCAAUGGGAGCAUUUGCCUUGACAUCCUGAAGGACCAGUGGAGUCCGGCACUAACCAUCUCCAAGGUGCUGCUGUCCAUCUGCUCCCUGCUGACUGACCCAAACCCCGACGACCCUUUGGUCCCCGAGAUAGCUCACAUGUACAAGACGGACCGGCACAAGUACGAGAACACCGCGAGGACCUGGACCCAGAGGUACGCCAUGUAG